AUGGCCGCACCUCGCAACCUACUGGCUGCGGCUUCAUGGCGAACGCUUGCUAAAUUUUCAGAUCAAUCUUGCCCUCGACUUCGAACCCAACCCCAUAUCGCAAUGACCUCAUGCUCACGAUCGAAACUUUACUCCACCUCACCCGAUACAUCUCGAUUCUCUUACCAUGUCGCAUCUUCCUUUAUUGCCAAGGAUAGGCCAUACGAUCCUUCUAGCCACGUCUUCCACUUCAACCCAUACAAUCGAAUUCAGCCCCCAAGAAACCGACGACCUUCUGCCCGUCCCGAGUCUGGUCACGAUGCCUUCUUUGUCAGCCGGGUUAACGAUUCCGGUUCAGUAGCCUUUGGCGUUGCUGAUGGCGUCGGAGGCUGGGUAGACUCCGGUGUUGACCCCGCUGACUUUUCCCACGGAUUCUGCGACUACAUGGCACUAGCUGCUCACGAACACCAAACCAGCUCGGAGCCCCCCCUGACGGCUAGACAAUUGAUGCAGAAGGGAUAUGAAGCAAUCUGCAACGAUCGCAGCCUUCGCGCUGGCGGAAGCACAGCCUGUGUAGCCAUUGCAGGAGCGGACGGAAAUUUAGAGGUUGCGAACCUUGGCGAUUCCGGCUUCCUGCAACUACGAUUAAACGGUGUUCAUACAUACUCGGAACCUCAGACUCACGCCUUCAACACUCCGUUCCAACUGUCACUUGUACCUCCCAGUGUUGCUGCUCGUAUGGCGGCUUUUGGCGGCGCUCAACUUAGCGACCUGCCCCGCGACGCUGACGUUACCCAGCACGCACUCCGUCAUGGCGAUAUAAUUGUCCUCGCAACCGACGGUGUUUUGGACAACCUAUUCAACCAAGAUAUACUCAGAAUUGCUAGUCGAGUCUUGGUUUCUUCAGGGGCUUGGGUAAUGACCGAAGCUGGUGGUGUUCGCAUGGCAGAAUCUUUGGAACCCCUGGUCGAGUUACCCGAUAACUCUGAGGGCAAGCGAACAGUAACACUUCAGAGCGCACUCGCUACCGAACUCGUAACAGCUGCCAAGCGCGCCAGCGUCAACACCAAAGUCGACGGCCCAUUUGCCAAGGAAGUUCACAAAUAUUAUCCCCAUGAGAACUGGCACGGAGGCAAAGUCGACGAUAUUUGUGUGGUGGUAGCAGUGGUCAACGAGAUUGCUCCUGCUGUAAAGGGCAAGCUAUGA